CGGCGGCGGCCUCGCCCCCCGAGCCGGCGUCGCGCGCGGGGCUUUCUUCUUCCGGCGCUGCCGCCGCCGCCGCCACAUCCCUGGGCCCGGCGGGCGGCGGGCGGCGGCGCGGAGGCCUGGGGCGGGGCGGCCUCCGCGUUCCCGGGACGCUGGACCACGCGCGCUGCGCCCGCAGGCCGGCGAGGCCGGAGCGGAGCCUCCCGGGCCGAGGCGGAGCCUGCGGACUCCGUCGAGCGCGGGCUGCACGGAGGGGAAGAGCAGGCUGGGAAGCACAAGGGCUCUCGCUGGCUGGAGAUUGGAUUCGCUGGAAAUGAAAGCGUCACUUGAAGGGACACCUUGGAGCUGCCGUGUUGAGCAGGGCCAUGCCAGCAGAGUGUGACUUCUGGGACAGGCUGAGGACCGACCGAUGUGCCCACGUCACUCCCAGGCCGGGAGAACAUGAGAAGUACCCACCCCCAAGGCUCCGCGCACACCUAUGCAGGCAGGUGAACCCGGGCGAGAGGCACAGGGAGGGUCGUUGAAUGGCUGACGACGGACAUCAUGCACCGCCAGUGGCUCCUGCUGGCCGCGUGCUCCUGGGUGAUCUUCAUGUUCAUGGUGGCCAGCAAGUUCAUCACGUUGACCUUUAAAGACCCAGAUGGGUACAGCGCCAAACAGGAGUUUCUGUUCCUGACAACUGUGCCGGAAGCCGGGAGGUUGCGAGAAGAGAAGCAUUUUGCAGAGGAUCCAAAGCAUGCUCAGCCCACGGGGAAGGUGGCUCCCAGCAGCCAGCUCGUUGCUCCUCUGGUCUACGUGGAGCGCCUGGAGCUCAUGAGAAACGUCUGCAGGGACGAGGCCUUGAAGAACCUCUCGCACACCCCAGUCUCCAAGUUUGUCCUGGACCGAAUAUUUGUCUGCGACAAACACAAGAUCCUCUUCUGCCAGACCCCCAAAGUGGGCAACACUCAGUGGAAGAAAGUGCUGAUCGUGCUGAAUGGGGCAUUUCCUGCCAUCGGAGAGAUCCCCGAAAGCGUAGUUCAUGAUCACGAGAAGAAUGGCCUCCCUCGCCUCUCUUCCUUUAGCCAAGCAGAAAUUCAGAAGCGGUUGAAAACGUACUUCAAGUUUUUUAUCGUCAGAGAUCCCUUCGAGAGACUCAUUUCUGCAUUUAAGGACAAGUUUGUCCACAAUCCCCGGUUCGAGCCCUGGUACAGGCAUGAGAUUGCCCCUGGCAUCAUCCGGAAAUACAGGAAGAACCGGACAGAGACGCGGGGGAUCCAGUUUGAAGAUUUUGUGCGCUAUCUGGGCGAUCCAAACCACAGACGGCUGGACCUUCAGUUUGGGGACCACAUCAUUCACUGGGUGACCUAUGUAGAACUCUGUGCCCCCUGUGAGAUAAAGUACAGUGUGAUCGGGCAUCACGAGACCCUGGAGGAGGACGCCCCGUACAUCCUAAGGGAGGCUGGCAUAGACCACCUGGUGUCCUACCCGGCCAUCCCACCGGGCAUCACCGCCUACAACAGAACCAAGGUGGAGCGCUACUUUCUGGGCAUCAGCAAACGAGACAUCCGGCGCCUGUAUGCACGCUUCGAAGGGGACUUUAAACUCUUUGGGUAUCAGAAACCAGAUUUUUUGCUAAACUAAUGCUUAGGACAUGUGACUCCAGAUGUCUUUGUUAGACCGGGGACUAACCAGGUGGAGAUCUGAGCACGGAAAUGACACUCUCUUGCGCCUCUCCUCAGGACUCCGAGGCCUCCCGUGGUCCUAGGAGCAACUGAGGCUGGACCCAGACUGUGUCCACUUAGCUUGGAUGUAAGAUGCCCCCAGGUCCCGCCCCCACCUGUUACCAGGAUGCCACUGGCCCUCACUCACCUCAAGGAGUGAAGACCGCACACGUGCUGGCCGAUGGACUAACCAGGAGGCGUGGCAGCACCAGGAGCCAUUGCCCUCAGUUGCCAGGUCGGCAGCCACAGCCGGGGCUCCUCUGGCCAGUCAGGGUGGUCUCGCCUGUCACCAGUGGAUUGCAGAAGUGGUACCUGGCCCUCUUAGGAGGGGUAGCGAACUGAGGGACUGCAGAAGCUGCCGAGGCUGGCGGGAUCAAAUCCGAGUCACGAGAUGACACCUCUGGCCUUCGUCUUGGCGUUGCUAUAACAGAUCGUCCUUUCUGGGACCACUGAGCCCCUGUGACAUUCAGUGGUGACCCCAGAGCAGUUCCAGCGGUCCCUCUUUCGGAACCCAUGCCUGUGCAACGCAAGUCCUCGAGUCUGAGCCGCUGCCUGCCAACCGCCUGUCUCACUUAGCGUCAGAGGUAAAAUUCUGGAAAGCGAUUGGCGUGGAGGCUUCCACCUGGGAAGGGACACCUCUGGGGGACUUGGAAGGAAAGUGGCACAGGAAAGGAGGAGCGCGCUGGGCCGGGGGCUCGGGCUGCUGUGGAUCCCAUCUGGGUCCCUCCAUCCCGCCUCUGACACACGCCCCUUCUGGGUGGGCGGCGGGUUGUCUCCACCCAGCUCUCCUCUGAUGGUGUGAUGGACCGGCCAGGAGGAAACCAAACAGAAUCCUGUGCCAUUUACACGCUCAGUGCCCUUUCAUCUCAGCAAAACCCAUCUGCUGAUGCCACCAUCCCCCACUAACUGGCCAGGAGUUAGGUCGUCAAGUUCACCAGCAAUAAAAUCCUGGGCCGAGACAGCCUCCAGGAAUGUCUUCCAGGCACGGAGGGAGCGCCCCGAGGAGCAAGCCACAGCCACACGAGGGUCCCUGAGAGGUGACGGGACAGUCCCAGCGCCACCUGGGCUCUCCUCAAAGGCAGCCUCCACCUUCCUUUUCUCAGAAUCGCUGCCCGGACUUGUAAAUGUGAAAGUAAAAUGAUAUUUAAAACACGUGCCAAACCCCAUCCUUGCGGCAGUUCCAGGGGAAGGGGCACCAGGGCUGCGCGUGACCCUGAGGCCUGGCGCCUGGGACAGGUGUGCUCAGCCUGCUCAGGACGGGACCGGGAGCGUGACCUGGCCCUUCCCCCUCAAGGGCACGCCGAGGAUGUAACGUCCAGUUAUUUUUCUAUAAAGUUUUAGCAGUGUCUCGUUAAAAUCCUUUCAGAGGUGAUGAGCUGAUUGACGGCCUCCUUUCUGUCUGAAAAGGACCAGUGUGAACCAUGUAUGUGAAUUUAAGGCCUUAAAGUUAGUCCUAAUUAAAGUAGCAUUUUCUCUCAGAAA